AUGCGUUUCGGAACUCAGAUCACUUGGCUCUUGGCCACAGCAGGUGCCUUGACAUCUGCCCAGAGCGGGUCUUCCUCUUCUGCCACUGCAACUAGCUCUUCUGCUGCCGCGAGCAGCUCUAGUGCUACCGCCAGUUGUGCUCUUACAUCCGCGGAUAGCUCUGUCCUUCAGUAUUCAUUCGCGAUUUCGAAGUUCCUCACCAACUUCUACGCAUCCGUUGCAAUCAACUCAAGCGUCGCCUCCCAGGUUUCGAACGGUUCCAGUGAAUCGAACGUUCUCGCAAACCUUCAAGGAAUUGCAAACGCCAACAACCUGACCAUUGAGGCCAUCGGAGAGCUCGCCUCGAAGAUUUCCGGCUUCAGUGAGCCAUCCUGCAGUUACACAUACCCCUCUGUCAGCAGCAUUCAAACGCUCGUCAAAUACGCAUACCAGUUUGAAUCCACUCUUGCUGGUGCUUUCAUCGGCGCUGCUGGUUAUACCACGUCGCCCGAGGUCUCUUUCCUGCUGGCCCGUCUUGCUGCUCAGCACGCCUCGCAGGCUACCUAUAUCGGUGCCCGUGUGAACUCUACCAUGUUCUUGGCAAACUCCAAUUCGCUGAUCGCCGCGUACCUCCCCUCGACCGUUCUCUCGACUAGCAACUCGACUGGCAGUCUGGGAUCGUACCUCGGCGGUUGUGUCUCUGCGCCUUCGAGCCCUUGCGGUACUCUCAAGGUCGGUCCUCUGGAGGCCAACCUGACUUCUUCCAGCCUUGCUGCUCGCAGCUUUGCAACCCACUUGCACGUCUAG